CAUUUGUCAAGUGAUGGUUUUAGACAUUCUAGAUUAAAUAUUUUAAAUUACAAGCUAUGGAUUAAUUAUUAUGUACGCAAAAAUCAUAUAAAAGGGCAUUUAUCGUAUAAAUUAUGUAUGUAAUACUAAAGUUUGCUAUGAAAUCAAAUAAUAUGAAUCAAAAUGAGUUGGUUUGAUGCUGCUGGUUUAGCUAAUAUAGCCAAAUCUGCUCUGAAGGAAGCUCAGAGGACAAUAGAUAAAGCAUUAGAUAUUAAGGAAGAUGGCCUAAAUUCCGCUCCUGCUAAUACUCCUGUUGACCCCAAUUCCGAAGAUUUUUUUGGAACUUGGGGAAUAGCACAACCUAGUUCUAGUGGAGAGGAUAAAAAAUCUAGUACAUGUAAUAGUUCAAAGGACAAUAAAAUUUCUAAUAGUAUUUGGGGAUCGUUCACAGGUUCUUUUUUUGAAAAUGAAAAUGAAGUAAGCAAAUCUGAUUCAAUUACCAGCCUAGAUGAUACUCUGGAUGGUGUUGAACAUUUUAGUCAAAGUAAACUAGUCGUACAGAAUGUUGAAGACAUAAAUCAUCGAAUAUCUGACCAUACUAUAAGUGAGGAACUGGAUGAUGAAAAUGAAAAAGUUCCUCAGCAAGCUGAAAAUGCUGAUUUAAUCCCAGUAAACUUAAAUGAAAAUGAUUUAAAUAAUGAAAAUAUUACAAGUACUGUCAAAAGGAGAGAACAACAAUCAAAUUCACAAAUAAAUAGGUUAUCUGUCUUGAGUGCUGAAAGUGGAAAAAAUAGUUCUGAAAGUGCUGACAUUGUAACUUGUAGUACAGAUUAUAUGACAAGUCCAGAAUCUGAAAUGCUAUCUACUGCUAUUUCUUCUUCAAGUUCUAAUAUAGGUUUUCAACCAACAUCAGAUUCUGUCGAAAUCUUAGGUGACAGUUUAAUAAGUCCCAGUUCUGUUGAAAUAAUUGGUACUAAUAGUACAAACAGUAGAAGACAUUCAGAUUACACUGAUGAGGUGAUUUCACCUUUACUUUCUCCUUGGCCCGAAGAUGAAAAAUAUGUGGCUAUUGAUAAAUUGUCACCUGAAAGUGUUGAAGUAAUUCAGGAAGAUCAAGAUGAAAACAGUAUUGCUGAGGAUACAAUGUCUUAUACGUCUGUUUCCGAAAGUACUUCAGCCACUGUACUCGAUUCAGCCCUUAAUUCUCAUCUUAGGCCUCAAAAAAUGCUUAAAGAUACAUUUGGCUUACCUGAAACUGUAAAUGAAAAUAGCAUUGAUAAUUCAAGUUAUAGCUACUUAGAUGCAAUCACUAGAGCUCCCAGUAGAAGUGCAAUGCAGCUGCCUUUAACACAAGUUUUAAUUGAUACCCAACCACAGAGUAUCAAGCAAGACUUAUCAGAUAUAUUACAAAAAACUAAUAUUAUAGAUAUUCCUUUGGAAACUGAAAAUGCAAAUUCUAGUGAGAAUCAAAUGGAUAUUUCUACUGAUGACAGUUCACAAUCAGACAAAACUAUAACUGGUAGUGACAAUGUAAUGGAAAGUAGUAGUGAUACCUCUACAACUACUGAAACAAGUAGUAAAUCUGCCUAUUUAAAAAAUUUGCUAGCAGAUGCAAUGACUGAAAAAAGUGGGUCUGAUCAACAGAGGUCACCAAAAACUUCAGAUUCUAGUCAAAAAUAUUUAUUGGAGAGUAUUUCUCUGUCUACUGUUGAUCCAAUUCCCAGAGAAAAUUCUCCUAUUAGUUCAGAAAGCCGUUCUGAUUUGGUAAAAAUAGGAUCAGAUCAUACCUCUGGCCAUACUUCAGGAGAUGAGUUAGAAACAACUACAUCUUCAGAUAUAGAGAUAAUUUCUAGUCCAAAUGGUGAUUCUAGCAGUACUCAAAGUCGACAAAGUCCUGCUAAAUACACUUCUGUAAGGUCUAAAGCAGCAGGUGCUGCCGGAGAUUCAUUAUUAGGGAAAGUAACAAUGAAAAAAGUUAAAGGCCAUACUAGAGAAUUGUCAGAGGCAUCCAGCAUUAGUGAUGAUUUACAUCCGCCAGAGGUAGACCGGCUACUGAAAAAAAUUGCGGAAAUAACUGAAAUUUUGGAGUCCAGAGAAUCAAAACUUAUUGAUAUGAAUAGAAGAAAUGCCGAGUUACAAGAGCAGAACAGCACAUUACAUUCUCAAUUGAAUACUAUUAUGAACAAACAACUAGAAAGUGCCGAUUUAUUUCAAGUAACAGAAGAAUACACUCAAAGAAUGUCAGCUAUGGAGAAAAAAUUUCAACAGGCAAUUAGAGAAAAAGACAGUUUAAGGAAGCAACUGGAUCAGAUGAAAUUAGAGGCUGCAAGUCGAAUGAGUAAAGGAGAAAUGGAAAGUUUAAAAGCAGAAAAAGAUGAAGUUAUAAAAGAAUUAAGGGAAGAAGGUGAAAAGUUAUCUAAACAGCAAUUGCAGCAUUCCAAUAUAAUAAAAAAGUUAAGGGCCAAAGAAAAGGAGCAUGAAAACACUAUAAAACAUCUUAGAGAAAGCAUUGAAAGUUUAUCAACGGAAUCAGAACGACUCAAAAAGUCAUUAACAGCAAAGGAAGAAGUUGAACGAACACAAAUAGAAGCUGUUCAUCAAUUGACUUCAAAAAAUAAGAAAUUAGAAACUGAAAUUAAUAAAAUAAAGGGGCAGUUGGACGAUCUAACACAGAAAUACGACACUACCAAAAAGUCACUAGAUGCAGCAAAAAAAGAACUUCAAGAAAAAUCUCGAACUAGUUCGGAAUUGCAAAUGAGGGAACAUUUAUUAGACUCUUUAGAAAAUCAGAAGAAAAUGACUGAAUCACAAAAUUCCGAACUUCUUGACCAAUUAGAGGAUUUAAGGCAGCGCUUAAGACAAUAUGAAGAUGAAAAUAUCAAGAACGAAGAGAAGUUUCGAGAAGACAAACAUAAAUUAAUUAGAAAAUUAGAGGAAGCUGAAGCUAGGAAUGAAGAAUUAUCCCAGUCAGUUUUGGAGGUUAGCAAACCAUUGAUUCGUCAAUUGGAGUCUUUACAAGCCACACAUUCUAUGAAGCUUGCCAGUUUUGAAAAAAUAGAAGAAGAACUAACAUUGAAAAUUACUGAACUGCAAACAAAGUUACAAACAUCCUCCAGUUCGGAACGAAUAACUAAAGAUGAAUGUAUUCAGUUGAGAUCAAAAUUUUCGGAAUUGGAGAGUCAGUUAAGUAGUGCUCGCCAUAAAAUGGAGAUUUUAGAAAUGGAAUUAAACCAACGACAGACUGAAAAAAUUAUUAGCGAACAAGAACUGAAUAAUAAAAUAGAUAAUUUAAAUGAUACCAUUAAAAAUUUUAAAGAAACAAUUAGUGAAAAGGAGAAAGAAAUUUCUAACUUACAGCAGCAGCUGAGUUUGGAAAGGGCCGUCAACGAAUCUGAAAAGAGACAAAAUGUGUCACAGGAACAACCGAAUCUGUUAACUGAAAAUAAUUCUACAGAUCUAAGAACUUCUCAGGCUGGCAGCGAUUCUCCUACUUUAAGUUUGGGAAAAGUUUCAAUUUCCGAUUCUACGGCAGGCUCCUUUUGGUCACAGGAUGAGCCGUUUGAUGUUGGUGCCACCCCACGAUAUACAAACAUGUUUGAAAUGCAGAUGCUUCAAACAAAUCUCAAGCAACGCGAUGGGGAACUUCAACAGCUCCAAUGGGAACUACACAGACGAGAACAAGAGCGAUCUUUACUAAAUAACGAAAUAUCAGCAUUACUUACAAGAGUGGAAGAUUUGGAGAGCAAAGUUACAGACUAUGACAGCUUGAAAGUGAAAUUCACGGAUGUAGAACAGCAAUACGAAACUUUGUGUCAGUUGUAUGGGGAAAAAGUUGAACAAAAUGAAGAAUUGAAAUUGGACCUUGAAGACGUAAAAGAUAUGUAUAAGAGUCAGAUUGAUGAAUUAUUGAGGCAACAAAAACAGAAUGCUUUAAGUAAAUAAGUAGUAAGGGUGCCACUGCAAUGAAUAUUUUAAAUGACUAUGAGGAAGAUGUGCAAAUACUUAUACACUGAAAUGUAAAGUACGGAGAUAUCAAAUUUUGUUUUCAUUUAUUUUCAAGAAAAUCGUAAGUAGCGUCUUAAUACAAUAUUGUUUUGAACGGUAAUUGGAGCCUACUAGAGUUACUUUUAUUUAUUUUAUGUUACUAUAACAUUAUUACCUUUUUUCUAUUUGUUUGAAAUAAAGAGAAAAUAACACUUAAAAAAAAUUGGGCCCAUUUCAAACUGUGUUCCAUACUUUCGGUAUCCAAUAGCUUAGUAACUGCCUUCUGCUGACUAUAGAAACUAAAAUUACUUUUUAAUCCAUUAAGGUCCAUAGAAUUCGAAUAGUUUUAUAGAAAGCAUUCAUUAUUUUUGAAAUUAUUUUGAAAUAAUUAUAAAUAUUUUUUCAUUGGGGGCACUCCUUAAUGCGUUUGCAAUUAAUGAAAAAAUAAAUCUAAAAAUAUUUUUGAUAUUGAAUAACUAUAAAUGGUUCCGCCUGAAAUUAGUACAAAUUUUGAUUUCCAUUUUUUAAACAUUUUACAAUAUGUUUUGUCUUUAAAAUGAAUUCAUCACUUGCACAUUUUCUCCCAUGCAGAUCCAAUUCCAAAUUACAAAAUAAAAAAAAAAACGUUAGGGGCCAAAUCGGGUCUGUAAUGUGGUGAUUUAGUUUAUUGUUGAAUAAUGGCCUUCCCAGUAACUGCAGUGUGCAAUGGUGUAUGAUCUCGUUUUGAGAUUGGGUCACUCGAUUUUAUUGGUCAGGACAUCAUUUUUGUUUAAGCAGGAGAUGUCGUCUUCCGUCACAAUUGUAUUAAUCAUAUAUCAUAUACUUUUCUGGCCUAUUACAAAGUGCUAAAUAUUCAUAUGUUUAUAUAUUUGCUUUAUUUAUUCAGAAUAUGGUUCACUUGCCUUGUAGGCUAUAAACAUCGAGAUAUAAUAAAGUAGAGACGACAUAAACACUAUUUUGCGAUAUGACAGAUGGACGCACUUCAAGUGACGGAAAAGUGUAAUGAAAAUGGCGACUUGAGUCGUACUUUGAUUUAUUUGAAGUCAAUAAUUUUAUAUUUGAAAACCGACGCAAUGAAAAUGAUUUUAUAUCAUUUAAAUGAAGCUAUUUAAAUAAAAAUGGCAUUUAUUCUCACCAAAACCAACUAGCUACACUAUCUCGAGUUUGACAUUGACGUAAAAGUGUAAUGCAAAGAUGCGGGCAAUUUAGCAUCAUCAUAGCAGCUCCUAUUUAUUCUAUCUCAAUGGGUAUAAAGCACUGUAUUAUGACCUACAUAUAUUUUAUGGUUAUUAUAAUAAAUAUCUGAUGUGUCCAGCACAUGGCUUUCCUGUAAAGUUAUCAAGUGUUUAGAAUGUGAUGAACAUUUUCCCCAAACAUUUUAUUGGAAACGUUUUUUCAUAACUUCAUUGUCAACGAAAAUAAAGAAAAAAUUAAAAAUUUUAAUUUUUCCUCAAAUUUCCCCGUUACGGUUCAUUUUAGAGAAAUGUAUAGAACAAAAAUUAUAGAGAAUGACGCAAACAACUCUUAUUCAAAUAAUUUUCUUCUCUAAUCAUAAAAGAAAUAUACCUUAAAAUAGGAAAACGACCCCAUAUAAAGUACCCGCCCAGGUGCUUAGGCAAUGGCCAAAAUAUAAUCAGUUCAUCGCCAGAUGUAUUGAAGCGUAAAAUUGUGAAAAUGGUCAUAACGCAAAGAAGUCGAAAAAACCAUGAAACUUUUCUUAUUGUACACAUGGAAGUCAAAAUCAUAAAAAUGGUAGGUAUUUAAAAAAUAUUUUUUUGGCCUAUUCACUUUCAUUAUGAUAAUUGAUAUUGUGUGUGCUUGCCAAAAUGUUAGUUUUCAAAUUUACAAAAAUCGCAAUGCUGCACCAUUUGUAGUUAUUUGAUAUCAAAAAUAUUUUUGAUUUUUUUUUUAUUUGGAAUUACAAAAUUGAAAGUUUAAAACGAUGGGACACCGAAUAAACAUCCUGGUUAAUUUCCAUAACUUUUGCAUUGCUUUUUGAAAUAGUAAAUAUCUUUUUGUUCAUGCCGAUUGUAUAAAACUUUUUUUUAUAUGCAGACAUUUUUAAUUUAUAUAAGUUUGAAAUUGUGAACACUUUUUGAUUCGUUUGGUUACAUAAAAUGGGAUUGUUAAUUAUUGUUACAUUUGAUGUUUAGUAGUGAUUUAAAGUUUAAGCAAGGCAGCGAAAAAAGUUGUUUUGUUAUAAAUAUUCCUCUAAAUAUUUUUUAUAUUUUGUAAUACAUGACUUUUUCCGAAGUAACUAUUACAGUUAAAAUUAUUAAACUUCAAUUCUGGUAAAUUUUCAAGUGAUAGAAUAUUAUUUUAAAUUAACAAAGUGUUGAUUUUUCUGAUUUACGAGAGCUCAAAAGAAAAGUAACAAAAGUGACAUAACUCAAUUUAAAAAAUGAUAAAAUUAUGAUUAUUAAAUAUAUACUGUAAUAUUUAAUUGAUAUUUUACCACAAACUAUUGAAUUUUAUGUACUACUCUUUAUUCCAAAACAACACAAAAAUCAUUAUACCACUUUGGACUAUACAGAUAUGGCCACUGCUUUACUGAUCAUAGGGAAAUUUCUCAACUUUCUCAUACACUAGUCUAUAAUAAUAACGUACCUAACAAAUCCACCUCUACUUGUUUACAUACAUCAACCGCUACCUUCACGGAACAACAUUUCGACUAUAAAAGAAGGAGGUUCUCAAUUUGUUGGAAUUAUUUUAAGCUAUUGCAUAGCUUUUAUCGCGGGCUUUGAGUGGCGACCGAAUCAAGAAAUUUCGUAACUCCGUAACGAAAAAAACCU